AUGGAAAGUACAGAUAGUCCAACGCAGCGAUCGAACCCCACUUCAGAGGUUGACGAAUUGGACGCGAAGAAGUUGCGUCACGAGGAUGUUAUGUCUCAUUCACCGGACAACGAUCAAGAUAACAUUGAGUAUAAAUUAUCACGUAUUCGCAAUGUGUUGAUGAGAGUAAUGGAUAUCGGUGAUUCGGUAGCUGGCAGCAAAUCUUUGGAAUCGGUGGAUGCUGAAAUUUUUACGAAUGGAGGGGACGUUCAUUUUCAGAUAUUUAAUCCGAUGUUUGAUUUCGCAAAUUUUGCCAUAUCACAUCUAAGUAUUUCUGAUCAAAAACGUGCCGGCUCAGCGAUAUUGCCGUACAAUUUAGUGCACUUUUUGAUAUCUAUCAAAACCUCAAAAAACAAGAGACCACUAGCUGAUUUGCUAGUGUCAAGAGAUGAUUUCCUACCGUAUGUACGUGGUCAAGAGUCAGGUCGUGCGCUAGCAGCACUCUCUUAUCUUGGCCCAUUCUUUGAGUAUAGCACAGCACCGAAUGGGGAUGGUGAGAUAGACGUAUUAAUGCCAUUUCCUGAUUGUGACCAACUUCCGGAGGACGAACAGAAACCACUUGUCUAUGGCCCUUAUCAGAAUCAAAUUCAUGGCAUAAGACGUGCCUUGCAUCAAAUAGUGCACGAAUUGUUGGUGAACUCUACAACACGCAAUCGUAUGCUUGACUAUAUUAGUCGCAUGUUGGCAUUGAAUUCGAAACGUCGUCAAUUGAACCCCGAUCGUCAAAAUUUGGCAUCCGACGGUUUCAUGUUAAAUUUCAUGGAUGUUAUGCUGGAGUUGUCCGAAAAAGUCGUUCUAGGCAAGGUUCAUCCGCAUUAUUUGUUCCAUCCGAAAUGCAGACUGAACAUCAGUGGUGAGACGAGGCUAAAGUUGAGUUCUGAAGGAGUCAUGGAGAUGGCGAAAACAAUUGAUACGAGUUUUGAUGUGAAAUUUCCGACAGAAUGCUUCUAUUUAACAAUGCACACGAUAAAUAUUUCAAUGCUGCCGGCUGUUAGUCAUAUGAAGAUGGUUAGAAGGCACUUAUAUGAUGUUGAUAUUGGAAUCAAUGAACUUGAAAGACAGUUGAAACUAAUUUCUGUAGUGCAGUAUAGAGAGAAGGCAUUAAUCCAACAAAAACUCAGAACAGCACAUUCACUGAAAAAGAAGAUAAUUCGCACAAUGAUGUGCCUUGAAUCAGGCGUGAGCGACCAAAGUCUUUUAACUAAAGCUUUGCAUUUCUGCAGUCGUCAGCUUACGUUUAUUAUCAACACCAUCAAUCCAAACUUCUUGAAAGAUGGAAUUCUUCCGGAACAAGCACCUGAAUUGUUUGGAGCGAUGCCAGAAUUUUAUUUGGAGAAUUGCCUUGAUUUUAUCGCGUUCUUGCUGAAAUAUAAUCCAUCGCUUGUUCUGGCGAGUCGACUUGAUCUACCUCAACAAUUACUUGUCUUCAUAUGCAGCACUCAUUAUUUCAAUAAUCCUUUUUUGGCCUCCAAAGUUGUGGAUGUAAUGUUCAUGGUAUGUCCACCGAUAAUGCCAGCUGCACAGUCGUUUCAUCAAAAUAUGAUCAACUCUCGACUCGCUAUGGAAAAACUUUUCCCAAGUUUGGUUAAGUUUUAUUCUGAUGUUGAAACAACAGGCGCAAGUUCAGAAUUCUAUGAUAAGUUCAAUAUUCGACGCUCAAUUCAGGUCAUUUUCCGUUCGCUGUGGGAAAAUACCGUUUAUAGAAGUCGUAUGAUCUCAUUUGCGAGGGCUUGUGGUAAUGAUUUCAUUCGUUUUAUAAAUAUGGUAAUAAAUGAUGCGACAUAUUUAUUGGAUGAGUCAUUAUUGGCGUUGAAGAAGAUACAUGAUAUUGAGGCACAAAUGGAAAGUGCUGAAUGGGCAACAUAUAGUCGUGAGCAACGUCAGAUAAAGGAAGAGGCUUUAAGUGAAGCGAAGCGUGGUGUUAAGUCGUGGCUUAUUCUUGGACGUGAUACACUUGAUCUUUUCACAUACCUCACUGCCGACGCGCCGCAGCCUUUCUUUGAACCGUUGUUGGGAGAACGUUUAGCGUCAAUGCUUGAUUACAAUAUCUCCGAAUUAUGUGGUCCCAAAUGCACCGAACUGAAAGUUCAUGACGCACUGCAUCGUUUUAUGUGGGAGCCACGUGCAUUACUGCAACAAAUUGUUCAUGUUUAUUUGAAUUUGGCUUCCGAAAAAUUUGCCGAGUAUAUCGCAAACGAUGAGCGUUCGUAUACACCUGCAAUGUUCUCCAUGUUAUUGAAUCGUCUCAAAAUGAAUUCAAUUGUAUCAGUUAAUGAAUUUGAACGUAUGAAGAAUUUAGCUGACAUGGCCGAAAAAAUUUGGAAUGAAAAGGCAAAGAAUGAGGAAGAUUUUGGGGAUGAUAUACCGGAUGAAUUCAGAGAUCCGGUCAUGAACACUCUUAUGGAUGAUCCGGUUGCACUGCCAUCCGGCUUGAAAAUGGAUCGUAAACAUAUCAGACGUCAUUUAUUGAGCAGCCAAACGGAUCCAUUCACAAGACAACCUCUCACGGAAGAUCAGCUCGUUCCCGAUGAGGAAUUGAAACAAAGGAUAAAAACGUGGAUGAAAGAAAGAACAGCAAAGGCAAAGUCAAAAUAA